CUUGUGAUAGUUUUAAUGAACUUAGCUUUGGUAGCUGCAACUGCUGUGGUUGAUAAUGCUUUUUCUCUGGCAAGAUUCGGUGUUCGUCACGUGGACAAGAGACUGCGAUGUGGAAUAUUCAAAACUUUAGCUGCCCACCAUGUUGACUGCCAGGAGCUGUGUGCAGACACCUUAAACUGCUUCUCGACGAACACUUAUAAAAAUGGAACAGACGUUUGUGAGUUGGUCAGAGGAACAAAGAAUUCUUUCGAUGAUAAAGAAUGCUUUGAGAAGAAAGAUGGAGGAAUUCAUAGUGAGUUAUCGUCCACUAACUUUGGGAAUACUCUUCGUAAAGCUCUGCCCGAUGGUUGGUUUCAACUUGGAUCAUCUGCAUUCAAGUUUAUCCCAACCCAAACCAGGACAACAGUGCUCGAGGCCAAUGCCACGUGUAUUGCUAAUCAAGCAGAAGUGGUUCUCAAGUUCCAAAGUGCAUUGCACAAGCAAUUUGUUUUUGCAGUUUUUCCUGAAGCAGAUAAAUACCAUGAAGUACGCGAAAUGGGGCCAACAAAGAUCUGGAAACUGGAUGGUUUAGAUUCAGACGUGAAGAUAUAUGGUGGUGCAUCAUACCAGGAAGACGAUGAUACUAUCGACGCUGUCCUUGAAUUACCAGGCACUGCAGGCUCUUAUGCAACAACCCCCAAGUUUGCCCUCUCACAAGUAAACUUCACAAUCUCAUUCUGGAUAAAGUCAUCUGAUUUCAGCCCCUUUACGACGGCAGAUACCUCGCCACAGGUUUACUCGUCAUGGGGCAAUCCCCAUGUAUUUGCAAUUACCCCAAACAUGUUUACGGCCAGGAAAGUAUACUUGCAAAGAGGCACGCGGUUCAAGGUUACACAUGGAAGGGGUUUGCCAACCAAUCAAUGGGUAAACAUAGUCGCAAUCUGGAACCGCUACUCCUUGGGAGAAGGCUUGGCGUCGAUGUAUAUCAACGGAGAAAAAGUAGGCCAGGAGCUUGUAACGGACAAUAAUCCGAAGGGAGUUGGAUUCCCAAACCCUCCAGUCGAUGUGUUCGACAUUGGUUACAACAGGGAAACUGCAGCAGUGAUGAAAGGAAAACUACGGGGUAUUGUGGCAUUCUUACGACCACUUUACCAAAAAGAUAUAAACGAGCUCAGAGACGCCCUUGAUCACAGAUUCCCCAAAGUCAUUUGCAGGAAGCAAGUUUGAAAUUACCAAACAAGGAAGAGGAAUUUCASCGAGCUAAUUUAUAUACAUCAGUUGCGGCAUGAGACGGGCACUGCUUAGUCUUCGAAACUACAGUAAAAAGGCCAAUAAGUAGGCAAGAGGAAUACACGUAUAUAUAUGAACUGUUUCACACAAAAGCACAUUGUUUAUACUGCAUUGUUUAUUCUUUAAUAUAGUUAAGAGAAAAAAAGGACACCGAUUUGGGAGAACAUUUGCAACAUUUUGGAUGUCGGUAUAUGUCCUUGUCCCAAGACUAUAUCACGUUAGCUAGCUAGGUGUUAAAGGAGCCGUCCCAGGGUGAUGCUUUGCGCGCCUCGAAUUACAGCGAAGACCUUGAUCAGCGCCAUUUUCGAUGACAUCGAAAUUAUUUUUAGUGAUAGCUUACACAAUCCGUCUAAAAUCUGAAACAUCUCUAACUUUUUCCUUAUAAAUUCGAUAUAUAUUAGUUCUUUAUGUAACAUAUAUUCRUUUUCUUGAAUUAUUUCGAAUAUUGAGUCUUUUUAAACGUCUUAUUUUGAGUUUGCCGAUAUGGCUCCAAAUCAACGUAACGGAAAUCUUCUCGCGGUCGUCCACKUCGGAAAGAAGAAA